GCCGCCAUGGCCCGGCCGCUGGUGCCCAGCUCGCAGAAGGCGCUGCUGCUCGAACUCAAGGGGCUGCAGGAGGAGCCGGUCGAGGGCUUCCGGGUGACCCUGGUGGACGAAGGCGACCUGUACAACUGGGAGGUGGCCAUCUUCGGGCCCCCCAACACCUACUACGAGGGCGGCUACUUCAAGGCACGCCUCAAGUUCCCCAUCGACUACCCUUACUCCCCGCCAGCAUUCCGGUUCCUGACCAAGAUGUGGCACCCUAACAUCUAUGAGACAGGGGACGUGUGCAUCUCUAUCCUCCACCCUCCCGUCGACGACCCCCAGAGUGGGGAGCUGCCCUCGGAGAGGUGGAACCCCACCCAGAACGUCAGGACCAUCCUCCUGAGCGUCAUCUCCCUCCUCAACGAGCCGAACACCUUCUCUCCGGCCAACGUAGACGCCUCGGUGAUGUACAGGAAGUGGAAAGAGAGCAAGGGCAGGGACCGGGAGUACACAGACAUCAUCCGGAAGCAGGUCCUGGGGACCAAGGUGGACGCGGAGCGGGACGGCGUGAAGGUGCCCACCACACUGGCCGAGUACUGCGUGAAGACCAAGGCGCCCGCGCCCGACGAGGGCUCCGACCUGUUCUACGACGACUACUACGAGGACGGCGAGGCCGAGGCCGAGGCCGACAGCUGCUUCGGGGACGAUGAGGACGACUCUGGCAACGAGGAGUCCUGACACCACAUCCCCCGAAUAAACUUACAGAUUUUACCUCACCAGGCCCAGACUGUGUGGGCCCCUGGGGCUCCUGACGCCGAGACUACCUCACAGGAGGUGUGCGCGGUCCCUCGGCUUCUCUCCUGCUCUCACCUUUCCUGCUUGUUCUGGAUUUUCCUCUGCUUCGGAGAGGGGGCCGCUGCCACGUGUCCCUCUGGCCCUCCUGUGCUGGUCACCUGACUGACUCGUGCCUGGCCGCAGGGCCCCUGGCCAGAGCCGGAGCUCGGAGCCCCAGCUCUCAAGUGGACACGUGAACCUCGGUCACCUCUCUGCUUUGGUGUGUUUGGAAUCUAAAUAAAAGGACUUUAUGAGAA